AUGAGUGCUUAAAAAAAAUAAAAUAUCUACGAUGGCCCAGAAUAUGUUUACUAUACUUUAGCUGCAAGUACAUUAGCAGGAAUGACAUCAAGGUGCUUUACUCACCCAUUAGAUACUUUAAAAGCUAAACUUUAAGUUGAAUCAUCUAAAUUUUACAUCACAUCAAUAACGAAGCGCAAAAUGUUAUAGAAAAUUACUUUUGAUACAUUUGCAAAUGAAGGUAUAAGAGGGUUUUUCAAAGGAGUUGGGAUAUCUGUGUUAGGAACAGGCCCUGCUUUUGCAUUAUUUAUGACCUCAUAUGAAUACAGCAAGAAAAAAUUCGAACAAUAUGAUACAUUUAAAAACAAUGAAUUUUUACUUUACAUGAGUGCAGGAUUUAGUGCAGAAUUAGUAAGCUGUCUUCUAUGGCUACCUAUUGAUGUUAUAAAAGAAAGGCUUUAGGUUUAGUCAAAUUUAAAGCUUUAUGAAUAUAAAAAUUCUAUUGAUGCCAUUAAAUAAAUAUCAAAAGCUGAAGGAAUAUUAGGUCUUUAUAAAGGUUAUGGUGCAACUUUAGCUUCUUUUGGACCAUAUUCAGCUCUUUAUUUUAUGUUUUAUGAGAAGUUUAAAAAAGCAGUUUGUACAGACCCAAAAGCACCAUCAUUUUUUGAAAGUCUCACAUUAGCAGGUCUUGCAGGCUCAAUAGCAAGUACAUUAACAAAUCCAUUAGAUGUAUCAAAAGUUAGAAUUUAAGUUUAAAGAGCAUAAAAAUCCUUCUAAAUAUCCUCUGGAAACUCAUAUAGCAAUAUAAGUAAAGAAGGUUAUUUUGGAUAUAAAAAUUUAGUACAUGGACUUUAUUUACUCUUAAGACAUGAAGGAAUUGGGUCUAUGUUUAAAGGUCUGAGUGCAAGAUUAUUAAUGAAUACUCCACAAGCAGCUAUUAGUAUGAGCUUAACUGAAACUUUUAGAACAUAUUUAGUAUAAAUGACUAACAAUUUUUAGCAUUGA